GUGGAGCAAAGGAAGGAAAUAGGACUACAAUGUUGAAUUAUCCAGGAGACACAGUCUUAAUCAGUUCCAAAAUGCAAUAAGAAAAACGUUUCACUAAAAUUAUUCUAAGUGUAUAUCCUUCACAAAGUGGAUUUGAAGGUAAACAGGUAUCAAAAAAGCAAUUAAAGCAGGACCUAAAACCCCAAAUUAGUCAUCAUACUAGUCAGUGACCAUACAAGCAAGUUGAACUUAUUCAGGACUCUACGUGAGUGUAUGCGUGCGUGUGUGUGUGUGUGUGUUUGCUGCUAAGGACUGAAUUUAGGGUCAUUCACAUGCUAAGCAUGCAUGUACCAAUGAGCUACAUCCCCAGCCCCAAGAUUGCUAUUUGUGGUCCAAGAAAUAUAUUUCUCACCUCUGGAUGAGAUUUGUAUUUCUCUUGUAAAAUAACCAUGUCUUGAAACUCCCUGUAGGAACUUUGGGCAAGCAUUUUAAAGUUCUGGAAACCAGUCCCCCAGCCUUGAGAUGUCACCGGAAGGAUUUUCUCCUUGGUUUACUCCAAUAACUACUUUUGACCUAUGGUGAAAAAGUCUAUUCUGUGGGCAGCCAGGAUGGCUGGCCUGAGUUGCUCUCAAGUUACAGCCUUUCCUCCUCCCUCAGGAAGUAAAGUCCACUGGCAAGGAACGCCUAAACAGGCUCUGCCCUGCUUGACUACAAUGCUGGCUUUUCACAGCGCAGAGGAAUGAAAUGCCUUAGGAAAAGAGUAACAGUUUGGGAAAAAUCGUAACUAAUUUUUCCUUGAAGUUUUCCUUGUCUGUAGAAGAUUCCUUUGUCGAACACCACAUCAAAGGACACAUCAUGCUGAAGAGAGAAGCAACCCCACCGAACACUAAAACCCUGGAUGGAGGAUGGGGAUGGAUGAUUGUAUUUCACUUUUUCCUGGUAAAUGUAUUUGUGAUGGCAAUGACCAAGACAUUUGCAAUUUUCUUUGUGGUCUUUCAAGAAGAGUUUGAAGGCACCUCAGAGCAAAUUGGUUGGAUUGGAUCCAUCAUGUCAUCACUUCGAUUUUUUGCAGGUCCCCUGGCUGCCAUCAUUUCUGACAUACUUGGAGAGAAAACUACUUCCAUUCUUGGGACUUUCCUUGUUUCUGGGGGCUAUCUGAUCAGCAGCUGGGCUACAAGCAUUCCAUUUCUUUGUGUGACUAUGGGACUAUUACCUGGAUUGGGGUCUGCUUUCUUGUACCAAGUAGCUGCAGUGGUAAUUACGAAAUACUUCAAAAAACGAUUGGGUCUUUCUACAGCUAUUGCCCGUUCUGGAAUGGGACUGACAUUUCUAUUGGCACCCUUUACAAAAUUCCUGAUAGAUGUCUAUGACUGGUCAGGUGCUCUCAUACUAUUUGGAGCUAUUGCACUGAAUUUGGUGCCUUCCAGCAUGCUCUUAAGACCCAUCCAUGUCAAAAGAGAGAACAAUUCUGAUAUAAAAGACAAAGGUAGCAGUUUGUCUGCAAGUGGUCCAGAGGCAUCAUGUGAGACAGAAACAUACAAUGAAACACAAGAGUCUUCCACUGAGGGCAGUACUAUGAAGAAAUCUGGACAAUCUGAUAGAAGUUCAGUUGUCCUACAAAAUCAGAAUGAAGAAUGCAACAAUGGGCCUCACAGGAUCAGACUGUUACCAAGGAGUAAUGAAAGUUACAAUAAGUCUGUUUCAUGGAACUGCAAACAAAACCUUUUUGAUAUUUCUCUCUUUAGGAAUCCUUUCUUCUACAUAUUUACCUGGUCUUUUGUCUUCAGUCAGUUAGCAUAUUUCAUCCCUGCCUUUCACCUAGUAGCCAGAGCCAAAACACUCGGGAUUGACAUAAUGGAUGCUUCUUACCUCGUGUCUGUAGCUGGUAUCACUGAGACAGUCAGUCAGCUCAUUUCUGGAUGGAUUGCUGAUCAAAACUGGAUCAAGAAGUAUCAAUACCACAAGUCUUACCUCAUUCUGUGUGGUAUAACUAAUCUGCUUGCUCCUUUAGCCACCACAUUUCCAUUACUUAUGACCUACACUAUCUUCUUUGCCAUUUUUGCUGGUGGCUAUCUGGCACUGAUACUUCCCGUACUGGUUGAUCUUUCUAAGAAUUCUAAAGUACACAAGUUUUUGGGAUUUGCUGCUUUCUUUGCUGGGAUAGCUGUCCUUUCUGGACCACCUAUAGCAGGAUGGUUAUAUGAUCACACAGAGACAUACACAGGCUCUUUCUACUUCUCUGGCACAUGCUAUCUCCUCUCUUCGGUUUCCUUUUUUUUUGUGCCAUUGGCUGAAAGAUGGAAAAGUAAACGGUCUGAACUUCCAGAAGACUACAACCAAGUGAGAGCUUAACAAAAGAAGAACUAAAGUCCACUGAAGAAAAACGUUUGUAAAAAUGAGAGGGUAAACCACACAGGUUUUAAGAUUCCUUCUUUCUUUAUUAGCACUGUUAGGAAUGGUGGUAAGAGUAAUAGCAACUUUUGUUUUUAUUCCAAAGAGAGGCAAUUUUUAACACAUUUUUCCAGAAAUAACUUGAAGCACGUUACAUAAAAAUAUGAGUAAUAGCAAUUUAAAUUGUUAGUAUUUAAUCGAAUGGGCUAAAGAUUUAGACAGUUGAACAGCUACCUUACAUACUAAAUAAAAAUCACAAUGUACUAGAAUAAAUUAAUACAAAUUUUCAUUUGUACUAUGGUAAUUUAGUCACCAAAAUAUGUGACAAUAGAAAACUAUUUUUUUUCUUUAUUUAAAUUUAGCAUUUGGUUGACUCUAGAACUCUGGAAUUUGAAUAAAUAUUUUAAAGUUUUAUUUAGUGGCAAGAAUGGUAUAUUCCCUCCAAAAUCAAUUACUGUUGUCUACUGAUUAGAAGUAAUCCUUGUUUUCCUAUUAUUUUGUCUCUUAAAUUUCUACAAUUUUUUGCCAUUUAACAAAAAUAAAACUUGCUUAAAAAAAACCUUAUGUCAAGUUCAUCUGAUUAGUACUCCUGUCUCUUUAAAUAGUAUUACCUUUUCACUACAUUAUCUAAAAUAGUCACAUUAAAUAUCCAGAUCACUCUUCAGAACUACAAGUUUCAUAAUGAAAGUUGAAUAGGUGGCUUUAAGGUGAAAUAUGUUUAAAUUAGAAAAUCUGUAUUACAGAUGGACUAAUCAAUAAUGUCAUUUGGACUAAACAUCUACAAGUGAAUAGAGAACUCCACUAUUUGGGCGAUCGUUAAGAGGGAAAAAAAAAAGUUUUUUGAGCAGGGUAUGGUGGCAUAUACCAAUAGUCCCAGCAUACAGAAGACUGAGGCAGGAACAUCGUGGUUUGAGGAUAGGUUGGGCUACAAAGCAAAGUACAAAAUAAAAACCACUUUCUGUAACAUCAACCCUCUCUUAAACUCUCCCUCAGAAUAGUUCUUCAACUACUGUAAUUAAUAUUCUGCCUUUCCAUUCCUCUCUGCUUUAGAACAUCUAUUGAUUCCUUAUAGAGUAAAAACCCUCAACUGAAAGCUUAAAUUUAGUUCUAAGAAGUUAAACCUUGCUACUUUCCACAUACGUCUUUGUGCAAGCUUUCCCAACUGCUAUAUUUCCAGCAGCUUGCCUUUCUAUACCAAGCACCCUCUUAUUUACCGUUUACAAUGACUCAUUCAAAUACCAAUGAAACACCUUUCCCAACAUCUGGAACCCCAUCUAACAUCUUUUAGGGUGUUGUGGAUUGAACCCAGGGCUUUGUGCAUACUCCCCACUUAACUCCAGAAACAGCACACUAUGAGUGGACAUGUCAAUCUUCUCUACUAGUCUGAAAGACCAACAGGAUGGAUGAUGUUUUCAAGGUCUACUAUAAACUUUGGAACCAAAUUAAUCUGAAGUCUCAGCUAUCUCAAAGACAGCAAGUUGGUCUUACUUAAAAAGUAAUUAUUACAUUUUUAAAAUUUUAUUUAAUUUUUAAGCAAGGUCUUGCUAUAAUAGCCCAGGCUGGCCUUCAAUCCAAUCCUGCUUCAAUUAACCUCCUGGGAUUACAGCUAUGCACCACCACAACCAGCUACAGGUUUUUUUUUUUGUUUUUUUUU